GAAGCAGACGCAGUGUUGCUACCGCAAAGUAGAGUUGCAAUUUGCAUUCAAUUGAAGGAAGCAUGAGCGAACUGGAGCCAACAUUCCAUGGCGAGCAGAAAUCGCCGCCUCCUCCUUCUUCUAGAGAAAUGCCAGAGCAUGCGACACUUGAAGCAAACCCAAGCCCAGCUCGCCGCCGCCGGCAUCGCCGCCCACCCUUUCGCCGUCAGCCGCCUCCUGGCCUUCUGCUCCCACCCCGUCCGCGGAUGCCUCCGCCACUCCCGCCUCCUCUUCCGCCACGCCCCCGCACCGACUCUCUGCAUCCGCAACACCAUGAUCAAGGCCCUCCUCCUCCGCCAACACUACGCCGAGCCCUUCCACAUCUACCGCCGAUUGCUGCGCGACGGCCUCUCCCCGGACAACUACACCCUCCCUUACGUCCUCAAAGCGUGCGCCGGCUUGAAGGACGCCGUAGCCGGCGCUCAGGUCCACGCCCACACCAUAAAGCUUGGAUUUUUCGCUGACACCUUCGUCUGCAACACGCUCGCUCUGGUGUGCUUCGCUUGCGGUGGCGAUGCCGUUUCUGCCAGACAGGUGUUUGAUGGAAUUCCCCAACGAGAUGCCGUGUCUUGGACUGUCAUGAUUUCUGGCUAUGGUCAGCUGGGGGACGUCGAGAAUGCCCGGUUGCUGUUCGACGAAUCUCCACUUAAGGAUCAUGGGAUUUGGGGGGCUAUCAUUUAUGCCUAUGUGCAGAAUAACUGUUUCAAAGAAGGUCUGUCUAUGUUUCGUCUAAUGCAGGCAGCAGGCUUGGAGCCUGAUGAAGGAGUUUUAGUGACCGCACUCUCUGCUUCUGCUCAGAUUGGAGCACUGGAUAUUGGUAUAUGGAUUCAUCAGUAUAUGAAUCGAUCCGGAUUGAAAAUGAGCAUCAAAUUGUGCACUGCACUGAUGGAUAUGUAUCUAAAGUGUGGGAAUUUGAAUUUGGCUAAGAAACUAUUUGAUGCAAUGACAUCAAAAGAUACUGUUUGUUGGAACGUGAUGAUUCUUGGACUAGCAAUUCAUGGUCAUGGAGAGGAUGCACUUAAACUGUUUGCUUGCAUGAUGAAAGAACAGGUGAAACCAGAUGAUGCGACAUAUAUUGCCAUAUUGACGGCUUGCAGUCAUUCAAGACUAGUGGAAGAAGGCUUACAAGCUUUCGACAGCAUGAGCAGCUAUGGAAUUGAGCCCAAAAGUGAACACUAUGUAUGCAUGGUAGACUCUCUUGGCCGAGCUGGGUAUUUCAAGGAGGCUCAAGAAAUCAUUGGAAGGAUGUCUGGGGAUGUUAGUCCUUCAGACAAGGCAAUCGCAUGGAGGGCACUACUGAGUGCUUGCUGGAAUCAUGGUGACACACGAUGUGUUGAAGUUGCAGCAAGGCAUCUCCUAGAGUUGGAAGUCCGUAGUAGUGGUUAUGUUCUUCUGUCAAAUAUCCAUGAGACAUUAGGGAAAGAUGGUGAAGAAGCAAGGAGAAUAAGGAAAUGCAUGAAGGACAGAGGAAUACUUAAAUUGCCUGGCUGCAGCUCUAUACAGGCUGGUGGGCAUGUUCAUGAAUUUAUUGCAGGUGAGCAGAUGCAUCCAGAGAUAAAAGAAAUACAUUCAGUGCUGGAGACAAUUCAUGAGCAAUUUUUGGGCUAGACUAUUGAUGAAAGGAAUAUAUUAGGUACUGGAGACGAUUCGUAAACAAUUUUGGAGCUAGAUUUGUGAGGCUGAUUUACAUAUGAUCUAGGAUAUGUGAUGUUUAAUCUGCAGGCCUUUGCUAAAUGCUAAGUAUAAGGUUGGUUCUGUGUUAAACUCCUCGUUGCCUGCAACAUAAUAGUCCCUUCAUAAGUCACUGAAACAGGUGUUUCCAAGUGAAAUUUGUGUUCUUAGAUAAUUCUUGCAACAUUCAUUUUCUUGGUCAAGCUGGAUCAUUAGUAGAAUGGCCACCAAUACUACUACAGGAAGGGGGUAAUGGCUAAUGGCUCGGAGUGCUCUUCUCCGCACUUGCUGGAGCUGCAGAGAGAUGCAGAUUGGCAUUGCUUCUGGAGUUUUACUAGAAUUGGAUGCCCAUAGAGGGGUUUGUGUUGUCUGUCAAUUAUUAUGUUACAUGAAAGUGAAGCAAGUAGAAGAAUGAGUGGGAGGAAGGACAAGUGGGUGCUUAAAAUAAAUAAUUGCAGCUUUAUACAACUUAGCAGGUACUUCAUGAAUUUAUUGCAGUUGACCAGAUGCAUUCAGGGUAGAAGAAAUAUGUGAAUUUACAGAAGUUUCUUUCACAGGAAGAAGACAUCGAAAUGCCAAGGACACGCAUCGAGAAUCUCAGAAAGAAAGAACAAGAGAGGAUGAAUUGCCUACCAAACCUACUCUGCAUGCAAGAACAGAUGAAUCAGGAGCUAACUAUCCACAAGCUGGUGUCAGCUGCAGUUUUUUUCAGUUGUGGAGCGGGUUCGGUCCUGUGUGGACGAGCCGCUUCUCAACUCCAUUUCUCGAAUCUAUAUCCCCAGAGACCGGUAGCGGUGAAGGCACACUCAUUACUUGAUGGCGGUGCCGGUGGUGAUGUAAGAAUUCCCUCGAGGAUGCCUUUGAAAAUCUAAUCCAUGUUGUCAAAGAGAGGAAGAGGACGAUGAAGGCAGCGACACGAAGAGCUGCCAAGGGGGAGCAAGAACACUUCAUGGCUCUCAGUGGGAAGUCUCCAUUGCAAGGGAAGGCUAGAGGAAUACAAGAGCAAAAGGUCCAUGAGGAUGUUGGAGGUCUCUAAUUAAUGCAACAGUCCAAUAGAAUAGGCCAAGACAAACAAGCAUGGCACUGAAAUCUAGAUUGCAUAUAAUUGAAGGGUGUAAUCACUUGUCUGGCCACUUGUGUGUCAUUUGGCAGAGUGGGCAUUUGGUUGUAAUGACUAAUGAGAACCCAAAAGAACAUCUCUGACUGGUUUGAGAUGGCCUAAUAAUGAUGGGUGUUUCUUUUGUUCAUUCAGAAACUGGACAUCAAGCAGCUCCUGUGUCAUCAGUGAAGGGCAUCCGACCGAACCGAUUUUCGGCCGGCUUAGUCAAAAGCAUCGAGAAACAACGGAACUUUCUUUGAUCGGUCAGAUAUCGAAAACAAAUGUGCACGUUUUAAGUUAGAUGGAGGAGACUAGAAUGGGCUUAAAAGAGGUGGACCAUUUGCUAUAGCUGAUUGAAAGGAUCAUGUUAAAUGCGACAGGUUGUAGAAAGGACGAGAGGACCAUUUUGUUGAUUUCUGUUUUGGUUUAGAUUGAAGGAAAGACGAGAGGAGAAUUGUUUUUUUUUUUUUUUUUUUUUUUGGUAAAAAAAAUAAUAUUAAAAGUACUCUUUCUAAUUGAAAGGGAUA